AUGGAAGUAUUUGUCAUUGUUAUUGCUGCUGACUACUAUGUCCUUUGCUGGUGCCAGUACCGUUGCUCAUACUUGUUAGGUCUCUUGCUGGGGACAAAGUUAUUGCUCCUGCCUAUUAUGACUAUUGCUGGUAUUGUUGCUCCUGCCUGUUAUGAUGCUAGUAUUGUUGCUCAUGCCUUUGUUGGGUUUGGUUUCUGCCAUAUCUACUACCAUGCUCACAGGGUUUCUGUGUUCUGCCUUAUUUGCUGCCGUGCUCACAGGGUUUCUGUGUUUUGCCUUACCUACUACCGUGUUCAAGGGGUUUCUAUGUUAUGCUAUGUGCCCUAUUUUUAG